GGCAGCAAUGAUGUUAACAAAAAAGAAGACGAGAAAAUGUUAUAAAACUCGUGAAAAUUCCAUAGACAGCCAGCGGCAUGGCGUCAAUUCUGAGAUCCUCGAAAUUCGUGAGAUAUCUCGCGGGUUUCGCUCGAAACGUCGUAGUUAACACACCGAGAGAAUUCGACGGCACUUUAAUUAACAACUCGCAAUGUCUCUGCGGGCUAAUUUCAAGCAGCAAUUUCGCCACACAAACGUCCACUUUGCACGAUCAGAGCCUCGAGAGCAGCCUGCGACGAAUCGAUCAGGAUGUCAGGAAGUCCGGACGAAUAUCUCGCAGAGACAUCGAAGAUGUCCUGGAGGAGAUCCGCCUAGCCCGCUCGGCCACCAGUUCGCAGUCCCUGCUGGUGAUUCGAUGUUGCGGAAAUCUGGUGCCCGAAGAGCUGCCCGAGACGCGCACGAAACUCGUCCAGGAAAUCUGGAACACCCUCAUCAAACUAAACGUUCCUAUGGACAUAUCCCACUACAACGCUCUUCUUAGGGUCUACUUAGAAAACGAACACCCUUUCUCACCCACGGAAUUCCUAACCGACCUCGAAAGUAAAGGCAUCGAGCCCAACCGGGUGACCUACCAACGGUUAAUCGCCAGAUAUUGUCAAGAAGGAGACAUCGACGGUGCCACUAAAAUAUUAGAAUUUAUGAGGGAAAAGGAAAUGUCUGUUAACGAGAACGUAUUCAACGCUCUCAUUAUAGGCCAUUCUAAAGCCGGAGACAUGGACUCGGCCCGUAGCAUAAUCAACGUGAUGGUUCAAGCCGGCCUCGAACCGAGCGCCGACAGCUACACGACGCUCCUCUGCGGGUUCGCUUCGAAAGGUGACAUCGAAACGAUCACGAAGCUGUUCGAAGAAUGCGAAUCCAAAGAAAUAUUCCUCCUAGACAAAGAUUACCUAGAUAUCAUAUACGAGUUGGCAGUAAACAAUCACGACGAACACAUUCCGCUGAUAAUCGAGAAGGUUAGGAAAGCGGUGAGUUACAAUCAGGACGCCAUUAACGUUACAUUGAGGUUGAUCAACAAAGGUAAAGAGGAAGCCGCUUUUCUCGUAUUGAAAUCCAUGGUGAGAGGCAUGAGAGAGGACGGUUCGCCCGCACCGACCGGCCUCUUCUUUAUCAAACAGCUAGUCAAAGCCGAUCGCCCGUUGGACGUUAUCGUGAAAUAUUGCACGAGGCUACAAGACGAACAAAUGUACGAUAGAGCUGUAUUGGUCGCGGCCGAGACCAGUCUUCAAUUGGGCAACGAUAAGCUCGCUUAUCCUCUACUCGAGCUGUUGCAAAAGGAUGGUUUAACGAUUAGACAGCACUUCUUCUGGCCGCUGAUAAUUUCCAAAUCGAACGAUCCGUCUGGAGACGGUGUAAUAAACGUUUUACAGAAGAUGCAGGAUUAUAACAUCCAACCGACUAGCGAGACUAUUAGGGAGUAUGUGAUACCUAAUUUACAAGGGAAUACUAGCGAUAUAUUGGCUAAGCUUCGCGAAGCGAAUAUUUCAGUUGGUACGGCUGCAGCUAGCGUGGUAAUGACCUUAUUACAACGCAGUAAAAUCAACGAAGCCGCAGCCAUAGCUACUACGGUACAGGCUUAUUACAAUCCGGACAUGAUUAAAAGGCCUCUUACUACGAGUUUCUACCAAACGAACGAUCUAAAAUCUUACAUUUCUCUGUUGAGGAGCGUGUACGAUAACAUCGAUCGAAAGAAUUUUUACAAUAAAUCCGAGCAAGACGACGAGGACGCCAGCGAGAAGUGCAAUAAAUCGGAGUUAAUCGGUAGUUUCGUAUUGGAUCUGGCUUCGAAUAACGCCAAAUUCAAAGAUAACAUCGAACCCGUUCUGAAGGAACUAGUCGAACAAGGCCUUAGCAUAUCCACACCUUCGGCGGAGAAAAUCGAACAGAAAUUAGGCGAGAAGAUGACCGAUCAGAUUUCUGAGUUGUUAGGAAAGCUCACCUCCGGCGAAUUAACGCCGAUUCCCCUACAAAAGAAACCACCCAGUUACACGCCAUCUCACCAAAUGAACAUACCGCAAUUAGAACGAUUAAUUCAGAAUUUAGACGCCAAAAACCAGGAAACGAAGGGCUUGAAACGACAGCUGUUCACCUUGUACUACCGAUCGAAGGACUUGGAAAAGGCCGAAGGGCUGGUCGAAGACCUGAAGAAGACCGAUUUCGUAUUCACCUCGGGCAUAUUCGCGCAACUGUCCGAUCUCUACGCGCACCACGACGAUCUGGACAAAGCCUUGGAGUACUACGAGAAAACCAAAGAGAAAGAAGGCGAUGGCUUCAGCAUAGACAACUCCAAAAUCAUCCGUUUGGCGCAAUUGUUCAUCAAAAAAGGCCGCUUCGAGGACGGCAUAAACAUCUUAAAAACCACACCAGCCGAUCGACGACAAGAAGACAAAUCGUACUCGUACGGUUCGUUGGUUUGGAGAUUCCUAAACGGAUUGGCUGAAGAAGGUAGAGUGAACGAUCUACAAACGCUGUUCAACACAUUAGUUCAAUACGGAUUCGCCGAAGUGAACAACGUCCUGCUCGGUCCUUUGAUAAAAGUCCAUCUCGUCAACAACGACAUCGACAGCGCUUUGGAGAAGUUCGAAUGGAGCGUUACCGAGCACAAGGCCACUCCGUGGAAGAACGAUCUCGCCUGUAAGCUCAUCCAAGCCGAGGACGCUGAAAAGCUCCAAAAACUCACCGAUUUGAGUACUUCGGUGCACGGCGAGGCGAACAGCUUGUACGAUUUGGUGUUCGCGUUCGUGGAAUGCGGAAGGAUACGACAGGCGAGGAAAAUAUUGGAGACUCCGGGGCUGCAGAACAAACCGCAACGGCUCAAUUUGGCCUGCGAACGGUACCAACAAGAAGGCCUGAUUAAACCGCUGGAGGGUUUGAAAGAUGCCACCAAAGAUCUGGGUCACAUCGACCGAUCGGAUAUUUACUAUCAAUUGUUGUUGAGUUAUAAGAAGCAAGAUGAUGUGGAUAAGGCGAUGGGUUUGUGGACUCAAAUGCAAGAGGAGGAUUUGAUUGCGAACGAUCAGUUUUUGAGCACGUUGGCUGGUUUCCUCGAAGAAAAAGGACUCAAUGUUCCGUUUGUGAAGCCUCGAAUGGAACAAGUUUCUAUGGGGGAAACGCAGGAAACUCGCGAGCCGGAUACGCCGCAAAUUAAAUUCAGGAGAUUCCUUCGAACGGACAAAUUAAACGAAGCUUUAAGGAUACAAAAAUCGACCAAAGAACCGCAAUCGGUGAACGAUUUAUCGGCCCUAAUCGAGAAACUGUUGCAGAACGAUCGCGUAGAAGACGCCGCUAAAGUCACAUUGGAAAUAUUAGAUAGAGGAAACCUACCGAUUGGUAGGAUAUUCAAAUUUUUCUUGAACAAAUUGGCCAGCACCGGCGACGUGGAUACCUUGCACAAAAUAAGCGAUAAAAUCAGCGCUGAUGUGAAAAAACUGGUUUCGUUCGACAACAGAUUGUGUCACGCCAAUCUCGUGGCCGGCAAAGCCGCCGAAUAUUUAGAUAGAUUAAACAACUCCAUCGAUAGUGCCACGGAAAGCGAUCUUGGGCUACUCAGCGAGCAGUUUCCCCGAGGUGGAGCCUACGGCAUCCUAGAAAAACAUCCCGAUUUGAUAGAACAAUACGAAAGCCUCGCUUUGAAAUACGCCUCGAAGGGCAUAACGGGCCCGUUGAACGUCCUGUGGACUUGGUACUUCAUCAACGAGAACGAGGCGAAGGCGGAGCAAAUAUGGACGGACCAUUUGAAGAAUUCCCCGAAGAUAAUGUUCCAGAAAAUCGUGCAGAGCGCCAGAGACGAGCAGAACGAGGUGCUGGCGAAUAAAUUGAUCGAGCAUUUGCAGUCGAGCAGCGUGUCGCAGGGGGCCGUGGGAAACGCUUACAGCUGUCUGUUGGAUAUUCUAUUCGCUAAAGGGAAGUACGAUGAAGUGGUGAAAACGUUUGAAGAUGUCGCCAAGUCGGUGAGCCUGGAGAGUUUGAACAGAACGGCUGUGGUGAGGUGCAAGGAAGCCUUCGAGAAAUUAGAUAAACCUUUCAAUUACACGAUCCCGGCUAAGAAUAGGAGAGGAGUGGAUGCGAAAGAAGAGGAAUUGCAAUGAGUAGAUUGUUGGUAGAGUAUUAUUUAUUAUAAAUUGUUCCAUUCGAAAAAACAUGUUCUGUUUUUUUUUUAUCCGUUAGUUAUAAGCCUGAAUCGAAUU